UGCGACGCUUGCAAGGUACACCAGCCUAUAGCAUGGUCACCAACCUCUGCUACCUUGCUCAAAGUCAUAUAGAAAACGCCUGGCAUCCGCAAAAUCGAGAAAAGGCUUUAUUAUUCUUCCAAAUGGCCCAGAUUCAUUUGUCUGAGAUGCUACUCCAUACAACGUGCCAAGAUGUUACUGACGUACUCAAAAUUAUCCGUGCUCGUAUCACAGCUAUGGAAUUUCUGGUGAAAACCGUCGAAAUAUCCUCUAUUUCCUACAACCAUAACUGGAGACAGGCCUUAGAUCCGAUUGUUCAGAUGUUUAAGAACGUCAAAUUGGAAUGCCAAACAGUAGCUGAUGAUCUGAACACAGAUAGCUCCACUUGCGUAGAGGAUUCUUCUGACAACGACUCCGUCAUAGAGAGCUUAAAGCCGACAGUGAAAUUCUGCAAAUCCUCGGAUACAAAGCUGAAGACGGUAAGAUGUAUAAAACCCUUGGAGGAUCCGCUGUUUUCACCAGAAGAAGAGGCUAUUUCUGAAUAUUCCUGCCCAAGCACUGGCUUUGGGGACCGUAUUAUAAAUGAAAUUCCCACCAAAAUGAUGAAAGAACCCAUCAACGCUUCCCAUGACAUUCAAUAUGAAGUGGAUGAAGCUCAAGACAUUGACCAUGCUGGCGACGAUUCAUCUUCUGAAUAUAUGCCAGUGGACGAUAGUAUUUCGCUAGGUAGCACGGACGAUGAAACCGACGCUUUUCGAAAUUCACCGUUUUCCGAUAUCGACGACAGUGUGCCUAGUUCAAAAACAUCUGUCCAUGACCUUGAACCGACAAUGGACAAAAACGAACAAAAUACGAAAUAUAAUGCUCGGACACUUCAUUACCUGGAGACCAUGUUCUUUGAAGUCUACUCCUGCAGGGAUAAACUGAGCAAAAGUGAGCGCAUCCUCAUACAACGGCAAACAGGUUUACCACCUCGCAGCAUUACGUAUUGGUUUGCAAAUCACAAAAGGCGAUAUCAAAAGGAAUUACAAAAAUAUCGACGGUCAAUGGCAACCUCCUAUGACGAGUAUUUGGCCACUACUUCGAAGCAUAAGACUAUCUUUAAAGGAAAAGGUCAAAGUAAACAAUAGGUCAACAUAUAAAAAAAUCAAAAUAUAGAGCUCAAUAGAAACAUGCUAUUGUUCAUACCAUCGUUCAUUGAAAAACCAGAAGC